AUGUGGGAUACACUAGUGUGGUGCUAUGGUGGUGAUGCAGAAGUCAAAAAGGUCAAGUUGCAGUCCCUACGCAAGCAAUAUGAGAAUCUCAACAUGAAGAACAAUAAGAAGGUACCUUCACUUGAAGGGAAUAAGUAUUUUGUGUCAUUUAUGGAUGAGUUCACAAGAAUGACAUGGGUAGCACUCAUUGAUUUCAAACAUAAGGUGUUUCCUGAGUUCAAAAAGUUCAAAGUGAAGGUUGAAAAUCAAAGUGGACAAAGAUUGAAAUCCUCAAAACCGAUGGUGGAGAAGAAAAUCAUGUUGCUUAUAGGUAACCACAGUACAAGUGCUUAUAAGCUUUAUUUCCUUGUCGCCAACAAAGUUGAAGUCAGUAGAGAUGUCAUAAUGAAAGAAUCAGAAACAUGGGAUUUGAGCAAUUCUCAAUUCAACUUUAGUGCAAUAUCAACACUAGAGUCUGAUUCUGACUUUGAAGGAGAUUCUGCCUCUGAAGGAGAUUUUGCCUAUGAAGGUGAUUCUGACUCUGAAGGUGAGUCUGAAUCUGAAGAUGACUCUGACUCUGAAGAUGACUCUGACUCUGAAGGUGAAUAUGGCUCUGAAGAUGACUUUGACUUUGAGGGUGACUCUAAAUUUGAUGGUGGACCCGAAUCUGGAGGAGACCCAACCUCUGAAGUUCAUCCAACCUCUAAAGGUGGAGCUUCUAAAGCUGGUCCUGCUUUUGAAGUUGAGAUUUCACAUUUCUAA